GGGGGGAGACUAUCUCUGUAGUGUACUGUGUGAGUGACAGAUGCGGGGCCCAACAGCGCGUUUAAUGCAGAAUGAAAGCCUUUUUUAGCCUUGAAAUGACUAAGUACCAAGGAAACUAUGCAAAAGUGGAUUGUACAAAAUAUUCUUGGAUCAAGUGAUCAUGAGUUUACACUGGCUUAGCAGUAGGAUAAAUGCUGCGCUGCCAUGUGGGGAUACCUGAGCUUGCUCUGAACAAGCUGUACCAGGAGCUGCAAGGGCCAGUAUGGCUGCAGAAUGCGUAUACUGUGGUUGCUUCACUGCUUUCCUCUGCCCACACUGUUUCACCUUGUUGUUUUUCUCCAAAUUUUCAGUCUUGUAGCCACUCCAUCAUGUGAGGCUUCGUACUUUGUCGCUAAUACUUACGAGCUCUAGUCAGGAUAUAUCUCCCGGUACCUCCUAGAAUCACAUUUCCUGUUUUCCAAGCCAAAUCAGCCUAGUUCUGCAUUUCUUUUCUAUUUCUCAGUACUAGCAGCCUGUGACGAACCUCUGGUAUCAUCAUGCAGAGUUACUUACUUUUGUACCAUGUGCAGUGUUUCUUUCCCCAGGGCACACCACUCGACCUUUUAAAUGAAUUGUCUCCGUUUGUCUUGCCUUGCGUCAGCAGCAGCAACAGGACAUAGACUUCGGCUGUAUUUUUCAUAACUGCGUGAAGCCAGAAAUCUUAACGGAUGCCUGUGCCACCGCCGCCACCACCACCUCCUCCUCCACCGCCUCCACCGCCUUCUGGAGGGCCCCCUCCGCCACCGCCUCUGGCAAGUUCAGAGAUACCAAAAUUGCGAAAGGAAGACCAAAAAGCACGAAACGCGCUCUUAGCUGAUAUCCAGCAGGGAACUCGCUUAAGAAAAGUGACUCAAAUCAAUGACCGCAGCGCACCACAGAUUGAAAAACCCAAAGGAGCAAACAGAGAUGGAGUUAAUUCAGCCAUUAAUAAAGGUGGCUCUCAGCAGCCUCUGGGAGGCUUGUUUGCUGGUGGCUUUCCUGUUCUCAGACCAGCAGGCCAGAGGGACGUGACGGCUGGGAGGCCUGGGCAGCUUCCUGGAGUCCGAGCAGCGGCUCCCAGGACCUCCAACCCACCGAGCAGCAGCGCUGCGAAGGCGAGCAGCAUCCCCUCACACCCAGCUGAAGGCCCAAGGGCAGCCAUCCUACCGGAGCCUCCCAGCACCUCCAGAGCCGCAGCCAGCCCCGGGCGGCCCAGCCUGCCCGCUCCCCCUCCGCCGCCUCCUGCUUCCAGCAAACCUUCCCUCACUUUCCCCCCUCCUCCCCCUCUCCCACCUCCGGCCGAGCGCCCUCCCAAGGGGGUCUCCCCCAACGCUGCUCCUCCACCCCCACUCCCACCUCCUCAGGCUGACAAACCCACCAAGUUUCAAGGGGGUGCUGCACACUCGCUCCCCGCUCCUCCUCCUCCUCCUCCGCUGCCCCUCGUGCCCCCCUGCGGGUUUCCCAGCAGGACAACCGAUUUCUCCGCUGCUGCUUCCUCUCCACCUGAAGGAAGGGACUGUCCACCUCCCACACCACCACCACCACCUCCUCCUCCACCCCACACGCACUCCUUGACCUCAAACAGGCUCUCCUUUCCACCCUCCCCAGCCUUUAGCACAGCUCUUAGCACUGCUGACAUGCCCCCUCCACUGCCCCCCAAGUCUCCCCACCUGCUGUCACAGUUCCAUAAGCCAAGCAGUAUCCAGUCCAUGCCGCUUCCUCCCCCCCCCGGCCUCCCCCAGCCCCCAGGGAUGGUGGAGACCAGGAAGAAGAGACCUGGCCGAGGCGCAGGAACCGGUGCUGGGAAGCUAGUCACACCUCCACAGCCACCAGCAAGAUCGCCAACAACUGAACUUACGAGCAAGUCUGGAGUCUCAGCCUGGGCUACAGCUCAUGACCCCUACCCACCACUUAAAAACGGAAAUAUGCACAUCAUUGAUGACUUCGAAUCUAAAUUCACUUUCCAUUCUGUGGAAGACUUUCCCCCACCUGAUGAAUUCAAGCCAUUUCAGAAAAUAUACCCCAGCAAGAUAGCUAGAGAUCCCUCUAAAAAUCCUCCAUUAAGAACACACGUGAGAUGAGAAGAGUCUUCUGAUCCUGUCUGGAUUAAUAUUAAAAAAGAACAACAUGAAGAUAACAUAUAAAACAGAAGGGGUCCCCAAUACAGUGAUAGAGAUUAUAUUUGAAUUGCAAGUGCUGCAACGUUAACAUUUCUACAAACUGGAAAAGCAAUCUAAAUGACGCUUUUUGAACUGGGCUACAUACUACAGGAAUGCUACUACAGGCUUUUAAAUUAUUGUAUAUAGGUGGAUAUUUUUUAAGCAAAGCAGCAUAAAAGUUAAAUUCUUUGUAGUGUUGAAACGAUACUUAUUCUUAUCAUGCUGACAGAUGUUACCUCAGAAUACUUUUUGCAUUACGUGCCUGUAGUUCAUUUUUUCCCUCUUCAACCAUCAUUUUUAAUUUUUUUGGAAAUUCUCCAGUUAUUAUUGAGACAUUUUUCAAUGAAUUAUCAGAAACUAACGUGCUACCAUUAGUCCCUUUGUAUGUUUCUUCACUUCUUCUAUUCUGCCUGUCCUCAGAUUGCAUCAGAAUGUCACUUUGAUGAACAGAUGGGCCCACAAUCCUUUUCUCAUCAAGCACGAAGAGGAAAGAGAUGACAAGGAGCUGUGGCUGCUGUUGAGCCUCCCUCCUAUUGGUUACACAUCCUUAUAGGAUAGCCUCUGAAGAAGCCCAGCUGGGUAGGGUGGUCAUGGACUUGACAAAGAAGACAGAACUUUUCCAAACUGAAGGAAAAGAAAGUUGUUCUACUAGAAGGAAAAAAAAAAUGGUGUAUGUGAAUAUACAUGCCAUGAAGUAUGUAUGUAAGGGGCACGUGUCUUGUAUUUUCCUGCUGGCAAAGUGGGUAUUUACGUUUGUGUGACAGACUGUCUUUACCCAGCAAUUAGGAGGCCUUUGGAUGAGGAGUCCAACACCUAAAUUUUGAACAGGCAACUAGAGCUACUGUCGUUCAGCCAGCGCAGCAGUGAGGAUUCAUUGUCCAAAAUACACCACAUGGAACAAGCAGUCCCCAAAGUUGUUGUUCCCUUGAAUAGAGUUGGUUAAAAAAAGUAACAGCCUAGCAGUGGACAAGACUUGAGCUUCUGCUUUUAAAAUGCAGCCUGGAGUAAGGUCUUUGGAUCACAGCUGUUCGGAUCUGAUCAUAAGAUGUCUAUUUCCGGCAAGAAUUACCCUUAUUUUUGUGCAUUUCACUGCAUUAAGAGGAGUGUUGCUAGCAGGUUGAGGGAGGUGAUCCUUCCCCUCUGCUGUGCACCGGUGAGGCCACACUUGGGAGUACUGUGUCCAGUUCUGGGCUCCCCAGUACAAAAGAGACAUGGACAUACUGGACAGAGUCAGACAAAGGCCCACUAAGAUGAUGAAGGGACUGGAGCAUCUCUCCUAUGAGGAAAGGCUGAGAGAACUGGGACUAUUCAGCCUGCAGAAGAGAAGACUCAGAGGGACUCUCAUCAAUGUGUAUAAAUAUCUGAAGGGAAGGUAUAAAGAUGGAGCCAGGCUCUUCUCAGUGGCACCCAGUGGCAGGACCAGAGACAAUGGACACUAACUGAAACACAGGAGGCUCCAUCUGAACAUGAGGAAAUACUUUUUCACUGUGGGCGUGACUGAGCACUGGCACAGGUUGCCCAGGUACGCUGUGGAGUCUCACCCCUUAGAGAUGGUCAGAAGCUGUCCGGAUGUGGGUCCUGGGCAACAGGCUGCAGGUGGCCCUGCUUGAGCAGGGGAUGUUGGACCACACGACCUGCAGCCAUCUUUGCUUCCCCCAUCUUGUAGCUUUCCUGGGUUCCUGCACUUGGGUCACAACAAUGCCACGCAACACUACAGGCUUGGGGAAGAGUGGUUGAAAAGCUGCACGGCAGAUGGUUGAUAGCCAGCUGAAUGAGCCAGCAGUGUGUCCAGGUAGCCAAGGCAGCCAGUAGCAUCCUGACUUCUAUCAGAAAUAGUGUGGCCAGCAGGACUAGGGAAGUGAUUUUCCCCCUGUACUCAGCACUGGUGAGGCCGCACCUUGAAUACUGUGUUCAGUUUUGGGACCCUCACUACAAGAAAGACAUUGAGGUGCUGGAGCGUGUCCAGAGAAGGGCACAAAAGCUCGUGAGGGGUCUAGAGCACAAGUCCUGUGAGGAGUGGCUGAGGGAACUGGGGUUGUUUAUCCUGGAGACAAGGAGGCUGAGGGGAGACCUUGUCACUGUCUACAACUACCUGAAAGGAGGUUGUAGCCAGGUGGGGGUCAGUCUCUUCUCCCAAGUAACAAGCAAUAGGACGAGAGGAAACUGCCUCAAUUUGCCAAGGGGAGGUUUAGAUUCAAGAGUGGGAGAAUUUUCUUCACUUAUCAACCAUUGAACAGGCUGCCCAGGAAAGUGGUUGAGUCACCAUCCCUGAAGGUAUUUAAAAGACAGGUAGACGUGGCACUGAGGGACGUGGUUUAGUGGUGGACUUGGCAGUAUUAGGUUAACAGUUGGACUUGAUGAUUUUAAAGGUCUUUUCCAACCUAAAUGAUUCUGUAAUUCACCAGCUUGCAAAAGGGCACUGCUGUUCCACGAUGAGCCUGGUGCUAACAGCCAGGCUAUUUACAGUUAUGACAUUAAUUUAUAUAAUUGCCAUAAAUUCCCCUCAGCUGCAGCUGUAAUAACAUUAUAGAUCACAGGUGAAGAUCUUUCCCCACAGCCAUACCUUUGAACAAAACUAUUUGGAAAAGACAGGUAACUGCAUCUUUACAUAUCUCUGCUUUUCUCUUAGUUCUUGCAACAGCUCAGUUGUGCUACAGCUCCUGCUCCCACACACAUGAACGCUCAUGGUGUGGAGAUGGUGUAAGGGUGAGAAUCUCUUUACCUGUAGGACUCUAAGAACGCAUCAUUAGUCUUUUUCUAGCCUAUUAUACCACCUUGCUGUACAUCAUGUGAAAAGAAAAAAAAACACUGAUGCUUUGACCAAUGCUUACUAUCACUGUCAUUAUUAUAGUUACUUGAUAAAUAUGCAUGAAUAUAUUAAUAAGCAGAGGUCAGCAUAUACAUUGCUUUUCAAACAACUGGGAGAGUUUAAUACUGCUUUGAAGAAUAUUUUGUUAUAGUACUAUUAAAGGUGACUUAUUGUUGGUUCUCAUUUGUUCUGGAACUUGUGUACUACUAUGUAAUAAGUACCUUCAUAAGGAUUUUAAAACUACUUAAUGCUAGACUACGUGCCUGAAGAUACCUAAAGGAGAAAAAAAUUUACUCCUGUUUUUAUUACGAUUAGGGGUACUUUAGAAGUAAACAGCAUUUUUCAGGGAUUAAAUUAGAAACCCUGUGAAUAUUUGCAAGCGUUGGUGAAGUGUUAUUUCCAUAUAUACUGAAUUGUUCAAGAUCCAUUGAAGCUUCUGAAGUUGCUAUUAGCUGGAGAUAGAGAGAAUCACACUGGCUGUCACCCCGCAGCAGCUGGUCCCAACUAGUCCCACUAUGUCCUUCCACUGAGCCACAGCUGUGCUCAAGACCACUGGAAGGU